AUGGCGUGCGUAAAAGGAAAUCUCGGAUUAGUUAAACAUUUAAUCGAAUGUGGUUGCAACAAAGAAACAAAAAACAAAGGACAAACUCCACUCAUUAUAGCAUCCCAUAGUAACAGUCUUGAAAUUUUCAAAUAUCUCAUUUCUAUUGGAGCUAAUAUAGAGGCCAAGGAUGAUAAUGGAUUCACUCCACUCACGUUUGCAUCAGGAAAUGGUCAUCUUGAAGUUGUUAAAUAUCUUAUAUCAAUUGGAGCUAAUAAAGAAGCAAAGAAUAAUAGUGGAUUUACUCUUCUCAUUGGUGCAUCACAUCGAGGUCAACUUGAAAUCGUUAAAUACCUUAUUUCAGUUGGAGCUGAUAAAGAAGCAAAAGAUAAUAAUGAAUGGUCUUCGCUCUUUUAUGCAUCACUUCGCCAACAUCUUGAAAUUGUUAAAUACCUUAUUUCAGUCGGGGCUAAUAUAGAAACAAGGAAUAAUUAUGGAUUAACCCCACUCAAUGCUGCAUCAAUCCACGGCGCAACAGAAAUUGCCAAAUAUCUAAUCUCUGUUGGAGCUGAUAUAGAAACACGAGCUAGUGAUGGAUCAACUCCACUCAUUUGUGCAUCAACACGAAACCAUCCUGAACUUGUUAAAUAUCUUAUUUCUGCUGGAGCUAAUUUAGAAACAAAGAAUAGCUAUGAAUCAACUCCACUCCUUGCUGCAUCAAAUGUAGGCAACCUUGAAGUUGUUAAACAUCUUGUCUCAGCUGGAGUUAAUAAAGAAGAAAGGGACCAAGAUGGAUAUACUCCACUCCUUUUAGCAUCAGCUCAUGGCCAUCUCGAUAUUGUUAAAUAUCUCAUAUCUCAUGGAGCUGAAAUAGAAGCAAGGGAUGAUAAGGAUAAGACUGCUCUCAUAGUUGCAUCAGGAAGUGGUCAUCUUGAUAUUGUUAAAUAUCUUAUCUCAGUUGGAGCUAAUAUAGAGGCUAAGAAUAAUUCUGGAAGCACUCCACUUCUUUUUGCAUCAGGAUAUGGCCAUCUUGAUAUUGUCAAAUAUCUUGUUUCAGUAGGAGCUGAUAAAGAUGUAGAGGAUGAAGAUGGGUAUACACCACUUUUAUAUGCAUAUGCAGAGGAUCAACUUGAUGUCGUUAAAUAUCUCAUUUCAGUUGGAGCUAAAGUUCCUGAUUGA